AUGGUUCGAGUCUUACUUCUUUUAACAUAUGUUGUUUCCCUGAUGUUGGUGAACUUGACCGAUGAGGCUCAAGGUUUAGGUGUCAACUGGGGAGGAAUGGCGUCGCACCCUUUGGAUCCCAACAAUGUUGUAAAGAUGCUCAAGGACAAUGGGAUCAAGAAAGUGAAGCUUUUCGACGCAGAGCCUUCCACCAUGAAAGCCUUGUCCGGGUCAGGUUUUUCAGUCAUCGUUGGAAUUCCGAACGAUAAGUUGGCAUCAAUUUCUUCAGAUUACAAACAUGCCCAAGAAUGGGUUAAAGAAAAUAUCACCAAAUAUGAUCAUAAUGGGGGCGUCGAUAUCAGGUUCGGAUUUGUAUCAGCAAACUUCUUGUUUUUUAAAGCUUAUAAUGGGAGUUUUCUUAAGACUACUUUUCCAGCAUUGCAAAACAUUCAAAAGGCCCUGGAUGCAGCUGGCACUAGACAAAAAAUCAAAGCCAUAGUGCCUUUCAAUGCUGAUGUUUAUGAAGCUUCUUCGGGCAAACCAUCGGACGGUUCUUUCCGGAAGGACAUUAGGGUUGAGAUGCUCAAGAUACUAGGUUUGCUCAAGAACAAUAAGUCUCCAUUUUUCGUUAACAUAUAUCCCUUCAUUAGUCUCCAGCAAAGUUCUACUUUCCCCAGAGAAUUUGCAUUCUUUGAUGGUACUAGCCAACCUGUCCAAGACAAUAACAACCAAUAUACCAAUGUGUUUGAUGCAAAUUUGGACACACUUGUUUGUGCACUUAAGAAGGUUGGUUACCAGGACUUGGACAUAGUUAUCGGAGAAGCCGGAUGGCCUACAGAUGGUGACAAGAAUGCCAAUCCAACUUUGGCCAAGAAGUUCUACGAUGGACUUAUGAAGAAACUCGCAAAGGCCGAGGGAACCCCUCUUCAAAAAGGGUACUUGGAAGUGUACCUUUUCGGCCUCACUGACGAGGACCAAAAAAGUGUUGCCCCGGGGGACUUUGAGCGCCACUGGGGCAUUUUUAGCUAUGAUGGAAAGCCUAAGUUUGCAAUGGACCUCACCGGAAAAGGGAACGAUCAAAUGCUUAAAGGGGUACAAGGAGUUCAGUACAUGGACAAGCAAUGGUGUGUUGUGAACAGUGAUGUUAAAAAUGGGACUCUUUUAAAAACCGACCUCAAUUACGCUUGUUCUCAGGCAGAUUGCACAUCUUUGGGAAGUGGAAGGUCAUGUGAUUUGGAUAUGCAAGGGAAAGUCUCAUAUGCUUAUAAUUCUCUCUUCCAAAGUAAAGACCAAGAUGUUCGGACCUGCAAUUUUAAUGGCAAGGGAACGAUUACAAAAACCGAUCCUUCUAAAGAACUUGUGUAUUCAAUAUACAAAUUUACAGUAGUGCUGGAGUGA